ACACUGUCCGGUGUUUACAGUUUCCUCUAAGUUUUUUUUCCCUCCCAUUUCUACAGUUCAAAGUCUUCUCAGGUAGCAGACGACGAAACCGUAUCGUUGGAAUGGCUCUGGAAAUUUUUCACAAAGACGAAACUCUGCAAAUGCGGAGGGAGCUAAUUGGAGAGUCCUGCAGACUCUUUUUCUCCAAUGAUCCCGUGAAAAUAUUGAGAGCACGGGGUCAAUAUUUAUAUGAUGAGAAUGGCAUGCAGUACUUAGAUUGCAUAAGUAAUGUUCAACAUGUGGGACACUGUCACCCCAGCAUCACUCAGGCCGCGGCUGCUCAGAUGGAUCUUCUAAAUUCAAACACUAGAUUCCUUCAUGAUAAUAUAGUGCAGUAUGCAUCUCGGCUGGCAGCAACACUGCCAAAGAAGAUUUGUGUCUUUUAUUUUGUCAACUCAGGUUCCGAGGCUAAUGAUCUUGCGUUGAGACUGGCCCGUCAGUAUACCCAACACCAGGAUGUCAUCGUGCUGGAUCAUGCAUAUCAUGGACAUGUCACCUCACUCAUCGACAUCAGCCCGUACAAGUUCCGAAAACUAGAGGGACAAAAAGAAUGGGUUCAUGUGGCACCACUUCCUGAUACUUACCACGGUAUUUACAGAGAAGAUCAUCCUGACCCUGGACAGGCUUAUGCAGACACCGUGAAAUGUCUAAUUGAAGAGGCACAUAAGAAAGGCCGCAAGAUUUCAUCUUUUUUUGCUGAAUCUUUACCCAGUGUUGGUGGCCAGAUCAUUUUUCCAACUGGUUAUUGUAAAAGAGUAGCAGAAUACGUUCAUGAAGCAGGAGGGGUUUAUGUGGCAGAUGAGAUUCAGACGGGCUUCGGUCGUGUUGGGAGUCAUUUCUGGGCUUUUCAGCUUGAAGGCGAAGACUUCUGCCCUGACAUUGUGACUAUGGGCAAACCAAUGGGCAAUGGUCAUCCGAUUGGAUGUGUGGCCACUACAAAGGAGAUAGCUGGUGCUUUUACAGCCAAUGGUGUGGAGUACUUCAACACAUUUGGUGGUAACCCAGUAUCCUGUGCCAUUGGUCUGGCGGUUUUAGAUGUGAUAGAAAAAGAAGACCUCAGAGGCAAUGCUGUGCGUGUCGGAGGUCAUCUUAAAGAGCUGCUCCUUCAGCUUCAGACUAAACAUCAACUCAUCGGAGAUGUGCGUGGUGUUGGACUGUUUAUAGGUAUGGAGCUAGUUAAAGACAGAGUGUCCCGAAAACCAGCAACAGAAGAAGCAGCACAUUUUGUUCGAAGGCUUAAAGAGGAGCGCAUAGUUAUUAGCACUGAUGGACCAUGGGACAGUGUCAUCAAAUUCAAACCUCCAAUGUGCUUCAGUAUGGAGGAUGCUGAAAGAGUCGCUACUUGCUUAGACCAAAUUCUCACAGAAUUGAAGAAUACCCACCAAAAAGAGAACUGUGGAAAAAGUGUAUUAAUGUAGUGCAUAAAGCAAACAUUUUACAUGAUUUGCAUUCUUGAAUAUAAAUCUGUAUAUUCAAAAUUCAAAUACUGAAAGGUGAAAAUUCACUCAUGCUACACAUCUGUCAUCAAAAACUUUUGAAAUAAAACUUAUAUAUUAGCAUGAAAUCACACCUCUAUAUGCAAGUUUCCAGAAUGAGGUGUAAACAAAUAAUAAAGAGUUAAAGAUUUCGUUGCUUUUAUACUUACAGUCAUACAACAAUAUAAAUCACUUUCUGUAAACCUGAUUGUAUACAAAUACUCUCUAUAAUUCUGUAUAUUACAUUUGUACUAAAAUAUGUGUUGUGACUGCAUUAAAUAUGAUGAUACUAUGUAUAAUGACACUAAUAAUAAAUGUAGUAAUAGACAAGAAGAUUUGCUUU